ACCUAUCCAAGGAAUUGUUGGCCCUUAAGGAAAUAGAAGUUCAUAGUUACACAAUAUUUUUUGAAACUUCCAAAAGACUGGAAUGAGCACAAGUAUUCGGAGACUUUUACAUUCUUGAUGAAAAUAAAGUAUUUCAAUGAACAUUUUUCUUGAAAUGGAAGUUGAAAUUUUCUCAAGCAUGUUGGCAAAUUCUAGUAGUUGUUUCAAGAAUGAUGAUCAGUGGGCUCUUGGCUUGCUCAGUUGGUAGAGCAUGCAUGCCCCUCUUGAUCUUUGGGUGGUCAGUUCAAGCCCCACAGUGGGGGUGGAGUUUACUCAAAAAUGAGUAGUGGUGGUUCACUUAGACAUUCACCAAUGUCAGUUGUAAUAUCUUGAUGAGAAAAUGCUUACAUGAGAUUCUUGAAAUGUCUACCAUUAUUUUGACCGUUUACUGAAGAGUUUAGGCUGAGUUGCCACUAUUUUUCUGAAAGUUUUGGAAUUGGAUGGAACAUAAUCUUAAAUGGUAUCACUGGAAGUAUUUGAAGGAAUUUUGAGGAUUCCAGUCAUUGCAUGUGGGUGAACUGUGCUGUUAGACACCUGACUUACUGAGGUAAUUCAGCAACUGCAUGAAUUCAGUUUUUCUUACUAUUGAAGUAUAGUUGGCAGUGUUCCAUUAGUUUCAGGUGUACAACGUAAUGAUUCCAUAAGUCUGUUAAGUUAUGGUCAGUAAUGUUUUAAUAUAUUCCAAUAGCAGUAUCCAGAGUAUUUUCUCAAUCCUAGUUUCUUUGGGAAGUUGGUACUAUUUCUGUAUUCAAGAAAAUAGGCACAAAACUUAAUUUCAUGGAGGUAAUUUGUUGCAAAGCUAGAGUUUGGGUUUAUAUAGUCUGUUCUUACUAAUUUGUACCUACAGUAUGAGAAACUGGGAGCUGUCCAAGAGAGAUCUCAUCCAUUGACCUGCUUCUUAGGUUAUUGCGGAUAUAAUAAUAUGCUUAAUGGGUGAAUAUUAUCUUGUGAUAAUGACAUUCUUGUGGAUAUUUAAAUUGCAGGAGGUUAAUGGCUCCUUUUUGUGUUUCUCCACAAGAGCAAUGUUAGGUGGGCUGAACACUGACAUUUGUCUACACCAUCAUAGGCGUUCGGUGUCUAGUGAUGGACAGUUUGUAACUUAAGCUAAGUGUAUUUGGGGGUGUGGGAGAUGUUCAAAAGCAAACACCUUUAGUACAAUACAGUGCCAUGAGACUAACGGGGCUACCAAAUUUGAUGGUCAUUGAUAGGUUUCGAAAAAUUCUGUUCAGCUGAUCCCUGCAGAUUGAGGAGAGCUGUACUUCAGAUUAAGCUCAAAGCCAAAUCCUGUGGUGGGUGAAAGGACUGGGCACCCUUAGGAGUAGGGCCCCCAGGCACGGGUGGGGGAAAAGCUGGGGCUCGCUGCGCCUGCGCAUGGGGGCUUUGUGCGUCUGCGCGCCGUGCUCAGGCCUUUUCCUGCGACGCUUCUCUAACUUCGGGUCAGUGAAGGGACGCUCAGCAAUCUCAGACUUUUGCUUGGGAAGAUUUGUGAGAAUGCGGAGGCCUGAGGUCUCAACAGUCUCACCGUCGGCCCCUGCGGCUUCCCUCGCUUUGGGAGAACCUCGGUCUCAGGGUCCUUGCUAUAAUUUCGGACUCCAGGAGACUCCUCAGAGCGGGCCUUCAGCGCAGGCCUCUGCGUCCACCCCUUCUGGCACGUCUGCAGCCGCCGGCGACCGGAGCAGCAGCACAAGCCUCCCUCGCCACCCGCCUGGCGCUGGCCCAGCACUAGGUUCACACUUCAGGAAUAAAAGAUCUAAUGCAGAAAACACAUUUGCAUCAAAUUUUAAUUUUGGUACAAGCUCAUCUUCUACACGAGAUAGUAAUUAUCCUCAAAUACUGAAAACUCCAUUGUCUACUGGAAAUCCCCAGAGAUCAGGUUAUAAAAAUUGGACACCACAAAUGGGAUAUUCAGCUCCAUCAUCAUCUGCAGUUUCAACAAACUCCCCAUCAGUUGUUGCAGCUGUUGUAGAAGGUAGAGGACUUGCCAGAGGUGAAAUAGGAAUGGCAAGUAUUGAUUUAAAAAGCCCACAAAUUAUAUUAUCUCAGUUUGCAGACAACACAACAUAUGCAAAGGUAAUCACUAAACUCAAAAUUUUAUCGCCUUUGGAAAUAAUAAUGUCAAAUACUGCUUGUGUUGUGGGGAAUUCAACUAAGUUGUUUACUCUGAUCACAGAAAAUUUCAAGAAUGUUAAUUUUACUACUGUCCAAAGGAAAUAUUUCAAUGAAACAAAAGGACUAGAGUACAUUGAACAGUUAUGCAUAACAGAAUUCAGCACUGUCCUAAUGGAGGUUCAAUCCAAGUAUUACUGCCUUGCAGCUGUUGCAGCUUUAUUAAAAUAUGUUGAAUUUAUUCAAAAUUCAGUUUAUGCACCAAAAUCACUGAAGAUUUGUUUCCAGGGUAGUGAACAGACAGCCAUGAUAGAUUCAUCAUCAGCCCAAAACCUUGAGUUACUAAUUAAUAAUCAAGACUGUAGGAAUAAUCACACACUCUUUGGUGUUCUAAAUUAUACUAAGACUCCUGGAGGAAGUAGAAGACUUCGUUCUAAUAUAUUAGAACCUCUAGUUGAUAUUGAAACCAUUAACAUGAGAUUAGAUUGUGUUCAAGAACUACUUCAAGAUGAGGAACUCUUUUUUGGACUUCAAUCAGUUAUAUCAAGAUUUCUUGAUACAGAGCAACUUCUUUCUGUUUUAGUCCAAAUUCCAAAGCAAGACACAGUUAAUGCAGCGGAAUCAAAGAUAACAAAUCUAAUAUACCUAAAACAUACCUUGGAACUUGUGGAUCCUUUAAAGAUUGUUUUGAGGAACUGUAGCACACCUUUAUUAAGAGCUUACUGUGGUUCCUUGGAAGAUAAGAGGUUUGGAAUCAUACUUGAAAAAAUUAAAACCAUAAUUAAUGAUGAUGCAAGAUACAUGAAAGGAUGCCUGAACAUGAGGACUCAGAAGUGCUAUGCAGUGAGAUCCAACAUAAAUGAAUUUCUUGACAUAGCUAGAAGAACAUAUACAGAGAUUGUAGAUGACAUAGCAGGAAUGAUAUCACAGCUUGCAGAAAAAUACAGUCUUCCUUUAAGGACAAGUUUUAGCUCUGCUCGAGGAUUUUUCAUUCAGAUGACUACCGACUAUACAGCUCUACCCAAUAAUCAACUUCCUUCAGAAUUUAUUAAGAUAUCUAAAGUGAAAAGUUCUUAUACCUUUACAUCAGCAGACUUAAUUAAAAUGAAUGAAAGAUGUCAAGAAUCUUUGAGAGAAAUCUAUCAUAUGACUUAUAUGAUAGUGUGCAAACUGCUUAGUGAGAUUUAUGAACAUAUUCAUUGCUUAUAUAAACUAUCUGAUACUGUGUCAAUGCUGGAUAUGCUACUGUCAUUUGCUCAUGCCUGCACUCUUUCUGACUAUGUUCGGCCAGAAUUUACUGAUACUUUAGCAAUCAAACAGGGAUGGCAUCCCAUUCUUGAAAAAAUAUCUGUGGAAAAACCUAUCGCCAACAAUACUUAUAUUACAGAAGGAAGUAAUUUUUUGAUCAUAACUGGACCUAAUAUGAGUGGGAAAUCCACAUAUUUAAAACAGAUUGCCCUUUGUCAGAUUAUGGCCCAGAUUGGAUCAUAUGUUCCAGCAGAAUAUUCUUCCUUUAGAAUUGCUGAACAGAUUUUUACAAGAAUCAGUACUGAUGAUGAAAUUGAAACAAAUUCAUCAACAUUCAUGAAGGAAAUGAAAGAGAUAGCUUACAUUCUACAUAAUGCUAAUAACAAAUCACUCAUAUUAAUUGAUGAACUUGGCAGAGGUACUAAUACAGAAGAAGGCAUUGGCAUUUGUUAUGCUGUCUGUGAAUAUCUGCUGAGCUUAAAGGCAUUUACACUAUUCGCUACGCAUUUCCUGGAACUAUGUCAUAUAGAGGUCCUGUAUCCUAAUGUAGAAAACAUGCAUUUUGAAGUUCAGCAUGUGAAGAACACUUCAAGGAAUAAAGAAGCAAUCUUGUAUACCUACAAACUUUGUAAGGGACUCACAGAAGAAAAAAAUUAUGGAUUAAAAGCUGCAGAGGUGUCAUCACUCCCAUCAUCAAUUGUCUUGGAUGCCAAAGAAAUCACAACUCAAAUUACGAGACAGACUUUGCAAAACCAAAGGAGUACCCCUGAGAUGGAAAGACAGAGAGCAGUGUACCAUCUAGCUACUAGGCUUGUUCAAACUGCUCGAAACUCUCAGUUGGAUCCAGACAGUUUACGAAUGUAUUUAAGUAAUCUCAAAAAGAAGUAUGAAACAGAUUUUUCCAGGGCUGAACAAGUUUCAGGAAAGACUGAAGAAUAGUAACAAUUUAUAUCAUGUACAUAUCAAAUAGUAUAUGUUCAUAUAGGGAAACUAGGAUUCAUUUUUCCUAUAAGCAAAAGAUAAUAUUUGCUUAAUUUUAUAUCUUAAUGGAAAAUUACAUUACAUUAUGCUAACCUCAGAAUUAUCAUCUAUCUAUUGUAUAUAAAAAAUUUGUUAUAACUUAAAAUAUGAAAACCAUUGAAAGGACUUUUUUAUGUUUGAAAAAUGUCAGUAUAACAUUAUAGUUUUUCUCAUUUAUGAAAAUUCAUGUUAUUAAGUCUUAAGUGUAUUUAUACCAAGUUAUGGUUUAAAAUGUUAUUGUAAAUGCCUUAGUUUUUGGAAAAGAAAAAACCACCUUUUUCUUUUUUCCAGUCUGGAAACUUAUGUGAGUUAUUUUACACUCUCUUUUGAAGCAAUAAGACCCUAUGGCUCAAUAAUUGCUUAAUUAGUACCCCCAAAUUCCAACACUGGAUACUUAUGGAGUUUGUUAAAAUGAUAUUGGAAGUUUUAAAGUGGUUUUAUUUUUUUUUUGACAUUGAGUAUAGUUCUAAAGGGUGAAAAUAAACAAAUAGAUAUUUUGUAAUGCAGAGAAUGUUUUUGGAAGGGGGAGUUGCCAUCACUCACCCUUUCAGUUUUCCAAAUAUAAGGCAUUCCAUUUUCUACUCACCAACCUCUUUUCCAAGUUUCAGUUUUGGCCAUCUUUAUUAGGUGAAUAACCAAAACAGCAAAAAGGUAGUAUUGAUUCAUUUGCCUCAGGGAGCAUUUUAUAGAACUGUUUUUCCAUAGGCAUGUGGCUUACACCAUCAUUUCAGAGCUUACCGGAAGGUCAUUCUUGUUUCAUAAAUGGACCAAAAAAAAAAAAAGGGAAGACAGUCGGUUGGUCAGUAACUGUAAAAAGCAGGGCUAUUGUCUUCUCAAAUACCUUAUUUCUACAAUUCCAUCUCAUUAGAUGACUUAUUUACAUAAUCUUAGCACAAAGGCCCAAAAUGGGGAAGUUAUUCUCUUCUUGGACAAUUAAGUAUCUGGAACUCAGGGCAUACAUUUAAUAAGCUGCAGAUUUCAUACUAAUUUGGCCAAAAAAAUAUAUUCACAGACUGGUUAGGGCCCUAUUUUUUUGUUAAUGUAUUUGUAUUUUAUAAAAUCUAAUAUUUUUUACUUUAUUAAAUUCUAAGUAAUAGAUAUAUUUAAAAAGUUUUAUUUAAAUAACAUACGUUUUAAAAUGUGAAUGUAAAUUGGUGUUCAUAUUUUAAUUUGAUACAUGUUAAACAUCCCAUUAGACUACAUAUAUUCCCUAUUGUCAUGUUUUAGAGAGUACCACAAUAUCUGAAUUUGACCAUUAACCAUGUUUUAAUUCACAGUCUUUAAAAUGAAUUAUAUUGUAUGUAGUCAUUCCUAAAAGCAGUUUGAUAACUUAGGUUUGCCCCAAAUUUCUAAAAGACACUGAGGAUGAAAAGGGCGUGGCAGAUUGGGAAGAAAAGGGAAGAAGCAAUAAAAGGCAGAAGGGGAGUAUGCAGUGGGAGAAAAACAGGCAAGCAGAGAUAAGAGCAAAGUAUUAAAUAUGCAGAAUAUCAUUUCCUUAAAUAUAUUAAUUUCCCUUUAGGUUUAACCCUAAUAUUAGAUUCUAUCAGACUUUUAAGAAAUUUUUCAUGAUUUAGAACUUUUGAUGCAGAAACUGUAGCCAACUGAUUAAUCCCUUUUGUUUAGGUUUAGAAUACUGAAAUAAAAAUAGGUUUAUAUCUUCUUAAAAUUAAUUUUUUUUCCUCAGUUGUUUUGCGUGUAGCCAAAACACAAAAAAGCAAAUUAAAUGAAAAUAUAAUUAUUAUGUUAUGGUACUAUAGAAUAGAAAUGAAUACUAGGGAGACAAUCCAUUCUUUAAUUUUAAGGUCUACUUGGUCUCCUCUUCAGUACCUUUUUGCUUUGCCUUUCUCUAAAAUUAUAGGUCAUUAUCUCAUAAUCCAGCCUUUUAAGAUAAAUGUUCAUUAUGCUCUAAAAAACUCCUUUAAUUUCCACCUCAAAGCCAUUCUUUUAAUCUGUUCCAUCUUUCUCUUCACAUAAAGUAGUCUUUUUCAAGUCUAGGGUUAAGGUAUAUGGAAGUAGAAGAAAAAGGCAGCUUAUACUCAUGCUUAAGAAGUAGUGCAUUUGUUUGUUUUAAAAUUUGCAUAUAAUACAAUUAACUCUUUUUUUGAUGUAAAAUUUUAUGAAUUUAGCACAUUUAUGGAUUCAGGGAACCACUAGGACAAUCUGUUUGUUCACCUAACAGUUCCUUCACCUUCACAUCAUUCCCUUAGUACUGUCCCUUUGUUGUCAGAUCCAUCCCUGACCCCUAACUUUAACCCAGCAAUCACUGGAAAUUAAGCAUUCCAUCCCUAUAGUUUUGUUUUUUCCAUAAUGUUCAACAAAUGGUAUCAUAUAGCAUGGGAUCUUUUGAAACUGGCUUCUUUUACUCAGCAUAAUACUUUGUAGAAUUUGUCCAUGUUGUUGUGUCCUUUUAUUGCUGACUAUUUCAUUGUUUGUAUGUGCCAUAGUUUACCCAUACACUCUUUGAAAGACAAUUGGGGUUCCAUUUUUUAUUAAGAAUGGAGCUGCUAUAAACAUUCUUGUAUAGAUUUUUGCAUAUUAAGUUUUAAUUUACCUAGGUUAAAUAGGAGUAGAAUGGCUUUGUCAUCUUGUAAGUAUGUGUUUGACUUCAUAAUAAUUUGCCAAACUGUUUUCUAAAGUGGUUCUUAAAUUUUGCAUUCCCAUCAGCCAUGGCUGAGAAUGUUCCACAUGUUCUCUAACACUUGGUAUUAUCAGGUUUUUUUUUUAAUUUUAGCCAUUCCAAUAUGUAUAUAGUGAGUAAUGCAUUUUUAAAUUUUAAAGCUGUUCUGCUAAUUCUUUAGCAAACAAAAACUAUUCUGACUUUUAAAAAAAGAUUUUAUUUAAUUAUUUGACAGAGACAUAGCAAGAGAGGGAACACAAGCAGGCGGGGAGUGUGAGAGGGAGAACAGGCU